CGGUUAGAUUUAAUUAAGAUGUGGUCGAAAUUUGUGAUAGUUGCCAUAUUGGCAAUUUUUGCACAACAUGUAUCAGCAGGACACAUUGCAAACGAAUUCAGAUCUGGCAUUAAUGAAUACUUUAAAAACGGCAAAAAAUUCUCAACGCAAUUCGAAUCGUUUUUGCGUACCGUGAAUUUAAAACAUUCAUUUAGGACCGAUGCUGAACAAUACAUCGAUUCCGGCGUUAUUUGCGAAGCAUGCGAUGGCGUCAUAGACCAAGUUUUAACCGAAAUCCAAAAUGGAUUAACCGCCGAAGAUCUUAGCGAGUUGGUUAUUAAUCUUUGCGUUGAAUUAAAUAUUGAACCAGAACCGGUGUGUCGCGGUGCUGUUAAUUUAAACGUUGGGAUUAUUAUGUAUAUUAUUGGACAACGUCCAGAUAUUAAACCGAGUAAAAUUUGUGGGAUUGUUGCUCAAAGUUAUGGAUGCGGUGGGGAAGUUGGGGAUUGGUCCGUUGAUAUUGCACCGGGUUCGCAAGAAUACGAAAAGGGUGUAGUAACCGAUGGUGUUCCUUUGAAAGUUUUGCAUGUAACCGAUUUCCAUUAUGAUCCAAUGUACACCCCGGGAAGUUUGGCUACUUGCGCUGCCCCACUUUGUUGCCAAUCAGAUUCUGGAGAAGCAGUUAAUGUUGAGGAUGGGGCUGGGUAUUGGGGCGAUUACAGAAAAUGUGAUACACCAUGGUACGCCGUUGAAGAUGCUUUAGAUCAUAUUACAGAGACUCAUACUGAUAUCGAUUAUGUUUAUUACACUGGUGACACAAUUAGCCACCGCGUUUGGGACACAUCAAUUAUAGGAAAUACUGAAGAUAUUAAAUUGUUGUACAACACACUUUUGGAGAAAUUCCCAAAUUCUCCAGUUUUUCCAAUUUUAGGAAAUCAUGAACCACAUCCAUUAAACAUCUUUGCCCCAUCUGAAAUUGAAGACCCAGAAUUUUCAACCGCUUGGUUAUUUGAUCUCGCCGCUGAUCUUUGGGGCCCAAUUCUCGGUGAAGGAACCGAAGAAACAAUCAGAAAAGGUGGUUUUUACACCGUUUUGAUCCGCCCUGGAUUCAGGUUAAUUGCAUUAAACAGCAACGUUGCGUACACAUUUAAUUGGUGGUUAUUAUACGAUGAUGUCGAUCCUUUUGGGCAACUUCAAUGGUUGGCUGAUACUUUAUACCAAGCUGAACAAGACGGAGAAAUUGUUCAUAUCAUUUCGCACGUUCCAUCCAGCGAUGACACUUGUUACAAAAUUUGGAGUGAGCAAUAUCGUAAGAUUUUGGAACGAUUUGCUGGGACAGUUGCUGCUGCAUUUAACGGUCACACCCACACCGAUGAAUUUAUCGUUUAUCAUAGCUCCGAAGAACCAAGUAAAGCUAUUAAUGUUGCUUAUAAUGGAGGAAGUGUUACUACCUUUAGCAAUAAAAAUCUUAAUUAUAAAAUCUACUAUGUAGAUCAAGAGAAUUAUGAAGUUCACGAUUAUGAUUGUUGGAGUUACAACAUGACAGAGGCUAAUUUAACCCCAGAUCAAAGACCGAAUUGGUUUAAAUUAUACUCAUUCAAGGAUGCUUACGGCUUAACUGGCGCGUCUCCUUCAGAUCUUAGAGAUUUGGCGUUCCGCAUGGUUGAAGACAAAACUUUAAGCGAAAAAUAUUGGCAUUAUAGAUCACGUAUGGCUGAUACCGCUUUACAAAGUGGAUGUUCUGAUAGCUGCCAACAACAAAAUAUUUGCGAUUUCUUAAGUAGUUCUUACGGCGAUACAACUCAAUGUGAUGAGAUUGUAGCCGGUUGGUAAGAUUUAAUUUGAAUAUGUUGUAAUGAAAUAAAAUUGACCUUCAAUUAA